AUGACUAUAGUGCUUGUCCAACCUUCUCCUCAGCCUGCGGCUGCCAAUGGGCCCGGCAUGCCCCUUCACGACCACAAGGACGACUGUACCUAUCCCGCAGAAUUGCUCUCACCAACUCCUUUGCCCACGAACUGCCAAAGUGCUUUUGUUACACCGACCGUCCCUUUGACCCCCGAGUGGAUGAAGCUGCCUGCUCUAGACCAAGUCGAGAAUCGUGCCAUAGUUCCCGUGGUGCUGAUUUUCCAAAUGCCCUCGCCUGCUCUUCGGCAAUCGCUAUUGCGAGACUUGAAAACCAGUCUGGCGAACACGAUUGGAGAAUUGUCCUUUUUGGCGGCAGACGUUGUGCCGGAAGAUGACGAACAGGGAUCAAUCCAACUAGAAAUAUCGGAAGACGCUGGAGUAUGGUUCCACUCCCAGGAGAUGCCAGAAAUCGAUUAUCAUACGCUCGAUCAACGAAGAUUUCCAUGUUCGGCAUUCCCGUGGACAUCAUCGGUGAUACCAGAGCCACGGCUUCACCGCUCGCAACGAAGUCCUGUCCUCACCGUGCUCGCGACAUUCAUCACCGGCGGACUACUGCUGACAUUAAAUAAUCACCACUCUGUGAGUGACGGUACUGGAAUGACACCUUUGAUUAAGACCUUUGCAAAGCAUCUUGCGGCCUUAUCAGAAGGCCGGUUUGUUUCGUCGAAGGAUGUAUUUCCAGAGGAAGCACUUGACCGAUCAAGCCUCUUUGGAGGUAGCGGAGGCAAACAGGACUGCGACAUUCCGAAUUACCGACGGAGCGAAAAUUACCGAUUCGCUCGAGAACGCGCGCUGCUUGAGGCUUUUGUCGCUAGGGAUGAGAAGCCCCAGCUGUUGCAGAAACUCCAACUUUCGCAUUGGGUUGUCUCGAACAAGUCGCUGCUCGCAAUGAGAGAGGUUGCAUCGCCGCUACAUGAAACUAAAGAUUCGCCCGUCUUGACAGACCACGCAGUAUUAUGCGCGGCGCUGUGGCGUCAUAUUUCCCGAGCGCGACAGUUAUCCUCUUCGGGCAUUACGACAACCUCCUUCAUUAACCCCAUUAAUAUUAGGAGGCGAAUGGACCCCCCGCUUCCGCUGGAAUAUGUAGGCAACGCACUCGUGCACGCCAAAACUUCUGCAGCAGUCUCUGAUGUGGAGUCGGCAGAGCCUGGAACGCUAUACAAGCUGGCAACACAAAUCACCCAUGCGAUCGACUGGUGGACGCCAGAGCGUAUUUGGGAGCUGAUUGGAGCAAUUGAAUCUAGUGAAAUGGUCAGCAAAAUAGAGCCCGAUAUGGACAACUUUCAAGGCCCAGAUCUAGAGGUCAGUAACAUCGCGGCGGUUGGAGAUAUGCUCGAACUUGACUGGGGACAUCAGCUGGGGAAGGCGAAGGCUAUACGCAUUGCGUACGCGCCAGUCAAGGAUGGCUGGGUCCUUGUGUUACCUCAAAAAAAGGGGGAGGGUGUAGAGAUGCUGAUAGCCCUGGAGCAGGAUGUUAUUAAGCGCCUGGGGCAAGACAAAGAAUGGCUCCAAUUUGCCCAGGAAUCUUUAUAA